GUAUUUAAAUAUUUUAGGUCUAAAAGGUCAUUAGAUCCAUUCAAACCUAAACCCGAAUGCUUACAUUUUUUGUGGACUGAACCCCUAUCCCAAAUCCAGUCCAUCUUGGUUGUGUCUGAACGUAAGGCUGUGUUUGGACGAUCUUCCUCUCCCAUCGCUGCCGAUCUUCAUCUCCCGCUGCUUUCCAGCUCCUCUUCCUGCGACGCAGGGUUCAAUCUUCCUCAAUUGUUAAUGUUAUCACAACAUCGGCCGCAUAAAAGAACAAGCCAGCUAACAGCCAUCCAAAUGGUGGAUCAUCCACCGCCCCCACCCUCCCAGGCGUCCCAAGCAGUUUGAAGUUCAUAGAAAUAUUCUCUCCAGGUACAAAUAAAAUGUCACUUUGGAUUCCCACCAAAGAUCACUUCCGUGCCCAGUAUUCGGUUUGUGGAGAACUCGAAGAUGCAGUGGCCAUAGUGAAGAUCAAAUUGAGUGCAGACAAUAUGGUGAAAUUUCGAGAAAUGCCAUUUGGUCAUUUUAUUGAUAUGCGGAAGCUGCAAUUUUCUGGACAACUCAUCCAUAUCCUUAUGCUACAUCUCGUUCGCCAACAACCUGAAGACGAGAUGUGGUUUUUGAUCAAUGGUACUCUUCAGAUUGCACGCUACCCUUUUUCAUCGCCGCGCCAAGCGCUACUACCAUUCAUUGCAGUGCACCUCCGUUGUCUUCUCCGACGAGCCAAGUCAGGGAAGCGCUUCCAGCUUCGAAUUGUAUUAGUGGCAGUAUGGGUUUCUAUGGCUUAUGGAAAUGGCUAUGGAUUAGAAGGGGGUUGGCCAGUGUGGGUUUACCUCUCCUUCACCCACCAUGGAUGAUGGAGAACCCCAAUUGAAGAAGCAGACCCAAUUGAAGAUCUACCUUUCUUUUACAAUGCAUAUACCGUAAUGUCACUCCCGUUCUACAGGUUUUUCCGAUAGCCCUUUCUUGUAAUCUUGUUAGCCAACUCCCUCUUAGCUUGAAUUCUUCUCCUUCCUCUGCCCGUCUGGAGGCUAACAAAUUAUCUUCCUCUCU